AUGUUUAAGAUAAAGGCUCUUGCUGCUUUGCUGGCCUUCACAGUCAGCACGUUCGCGGCCAGUAGAACCUCUCCACCUGCUGGUGCCCUUGUUGUCGGCCCAGGCUUUUAUUCAACCGUUCAAGCAGCUGUUAACGCACUCAAAUCAACGUCUCAAGAGCAAAUCAUUUUUAUCAACCCAGGCACUUACAAUGAGCAAGUAACUAUUAAUAAGCUCGCUGGACCACUCACCAUCUAUGGCUACACUCAAAAUACAGCAUCCUACGCCUCCAACACGGUUACCAUAGCUGCUUCUCACAGUUUGUUAGAUGAGGCUACUGAUGAUGCAACCGGAACACUGCGUGUGGAGACAACUAAUUUCAAGCUGUAUAAUGUCAAUGUUGUCAACUCACAUGGCAGCGGUUCACAGGCCUUGGCUGUAUCUGCAAAUGCUGGGAAUCAAGGCUACUACGCCUGUUCUUUCAAAGGCUUCCAAGAUACCUUGCUCGCAGAAACAGGCGCUCAGCUCUAUUCACGUUGCUACAUUGAAGGCGCUACCGAUUUCAUCUUUGGCCAGCAAGCCACAGCCUGGUUCGAGAAAUGCACGAUUGGCGUACUCCCUGCUUCCAUCGGCUAUAUAACUGCAUCCGGACGCACAUCGAAUUCAGCUAGUUAUUAUGUCUUCAACGGGGCCACCAUAGGGGCAGCUCCGGGUAAAAGCGUAACCAGCGGGGUGUAUUACCUUGGUCGGCCGUGGGGUGAUUAUGCCCGAGUUGCAUACCAGUCUUGUUCCAUGAGCAAUGUGAUUAAUGGUGCGGGUUGGCAUAUUUGGAACACGGGCGACGAACGAACAGACCAUGUCUCUUUUGGUGAGUAUUCAAACUCAGGAGCUGGGGCAUCAGGUAUAAGGGCGUCAUUUGCCACGAAACUCAGUAGUGCUUUGACGAUUGGAAGUAUUCUAGGUAGUAGUUACGCUUCACAGUAUUAUGUGGAUACGUCGUAUCUUUGA